GAAACAGUCGGCCACGCUUGCCACAAAAAUCAUUUUCACGUUUGGGGGCAGAAAUUCCCCCUUUUUGUUUCGCUCUAAUAUUACUGUAAUUAAACGUUCACUGUUGUUACCAUACAAGUGUUAAACAUAGUAAGUCAUGGCCGAUUUAGACGAUUUCUUUGCGAAAAAAGACCGCAAAAAAAAGUCUGUCAAAAAAUUUGCAACCGCCGAAGAGAUGGCUAAGAAAUUGGAUGACGGCAAACAGAAAUCAGAAGUAAGGCCUAAGAAAGAGCGGCCAGCGCAGGAAGGCGAGGAGGGAGGCCGAGCUGGGGAGGAGGAAGAAUGGAAGGAGUAUGAAGAGCCGGUGAAGGACUACACGGGGCUCAAGAUUCAGGUGCUGCAGGGUGGCCCGGCGCCCGAGGCUCAAACUGCCUCUGAGGAGUCAGCCCCCGAAGGUGGCAAGACUAAGGGACCAUGGAACAAGCCACAGGAACAAGUGGCGCCGCCCCCGGAGCCCGAGAAGCCCAAGGAGGUGAAGCCGGCGCCCCCCGCCUCCACCGCCUACGUGCCCCCGUGGCGCGCCAGCAGCCGCGAGCCGAGCCGCUCCGGCGGCACGCCAACAAGCACGCGCCCGACAUACACAGUGACGAUUCAUUCCCCGUGCUCGGAGCGGCGGCGGCGGGGCUGCGGCGGGAGGCGGCCGGCUGGAGCACGGCGGCCGGCGGCGGCGCCGCGCAGCGCGCCACCAACCUGCGCCAGCCGCUCGCGCUCGGGAACCGCUUCAACGAGCUGCAGGACGACAGCUAGCCAGGUAACACCAACCUCCAGGAAGCAUCAAAGUGAAGUGUCAAUAAGGACUUUAAGCUAAGCGAAACGCCUAGCACUCAAUCCGGACUACAGUGCACCCAGACCAACGCGUCACUCAGUCUACCGACAGUUGCUACGUUCCUAAUUCAAAAAUAAGGGCAUUUUGUUUUGUUGUCAAUUUCACUUUUUUUUUAAUAUCACACUUUUUCGAAAGCCUGGCCAGAAAUAUAUGACUAUGCGCGCCAUGUUGCGGAAUUUCAUUAGAACUAUUUUCUUCAUACUAUUCUGAACUGGCACCCCAUACAUCAGAAUAACAACAAUUAUCAUAUUAUAUAUCUGGUCAGGCUUUACCCAGAAUCGCGAGUUUCUUCGAUUCGAAUAUGAGACAAAAAUUACCUGAAAUUUUCAUAUUUUUUUUUUGCUUUCCUUUUUCCUCUGAGCUAUGAUCUAAACAAGUUCUAUGAGAAUAUAACUCGGUGGAAAUAAAAAUGUAAGACUUUCUCCUGCGGAAUCGAAAGAGCUCAUGAUUCUGAGAAGAAAAAGUAUUAAAAAAUCCACGUUUGAUUAAAAAAAAGUAAAACAGACAACAAAAUAAUAAUCCGCCCGUAAAUGAACUUCCCAAGUGCAAUAAUUAUUGUAUCUGUAAAAAAAAUAUUUUAUAACGAUUUUUAAAAAAUGUUGCCAGUUAUAGACAAUAAGGAACGCAUGUUGGUUUCUUUUUUUUUGCGUAGUGUCAGUGGAUGGAAGGCAACUGUCACAGAUUAAAAAAAAGUGUAAAAAGCUAUAAAGUGUUACUUGUAUACAUUGACAUUUUUUUACGUUUUUAUUGAGAUAUUAAAACUGUGUUGAGGAACAAAUAAAUUGGUUAAAUAAGAAAAAGCCGUGCAAGCGUGGUUUGAUCUAUUUUUUGUAUUAAUGUGAAAAUAUAACGCGUUUUGGUUAAAAAUGGACUGGUUUUGUUAUUUAAUUGUACAUUAUGGCUCUAAAGUUGAUCGGCAAUCAUUCUGAAACAUGUACCAUAGUAAUAAAUUAUGUAUUUAAACUU